AUGUCGUCCCCCUCCCACUUUUCCGCCGUCCCGACGACGGACCCCGAGGUCCAGGACACGGCAUCCACAACCAGAGCCUCCCGCAGAUCGAUACACCGCGCGUACGCAAUGCAACCGUGGUCCAAGUGGUCCGUCUUCACCUUUCUCGCCAUCCCCACGGGCCUCAACAUCGCCCUGCUCGUCGCGCAGGCCAAGGACGCGGCCGUGGCCGUGCAGGUGCUCAUCUACAUCAUGUCGGCGCUGCUGGGCGCCAUCCACGUCUGGGCCGUCACGGCUUUGAUCCGCCGCCGGGCGAGCCUGGCCCUGUUUAGCGGCAAGCCCUUGACGGCCGCUGCCCUCCGCCACCGCACCUACCUCGCGAUCCCUCGGGUCCCGCGCGACAUUCGUACCUGGUACUUUAUCCCUAUUCUCCUCGUGUCCCUGCUCGGCUUCGAGACUGCCGUGCUUAUCCCCUCGUUCCGAGACCUCUCCCGCGUCAAGGAAUAUCCGGCCGGGUCUGACUCGGCCGGCCUAGAGCUGUUCACUUCCGAAGGGUACUUUUCGUACCUCGUGGGCACGAGGCACCGUGCCCGCAUCGCCGACAUCGCCGCCUCCGCCACGUCCCCCGCCGGUUCCGUCCGCGCCUUGCCCCGUCUCGACGAUACCCCAUACCGAGUCCUAGGGCGCUCGUACGGCAUAGCUUCGUCCGUCGGCAUCGGGGCCCAGGACUUAUCCUCGCUUUCCGUCCUUUCCUACCGAUUCACCGAGAUGGGCUACGAAACUACCGUCAACUGCACCUACAACCAGACGUCUGACUUUACCAUCACCGCGGAUAGGGGAUCAUCCCAGGGCAUCAUUACCAUCGGGGGUUUCCUCCCGGACAGCACGAGCGGGAAACCCAACCAGGCCGAACACUUUGCGCCCGACUCCAAGAAUACCGUGGCCCUUGGCGUCGCGCACGACGAGGACUCUCCGCGAACGUACCUGGCCAUCGCGGCGGGCGACAACUACGAGGACCUCGACAAGAUCCAGUGCCAAGUCCACUUCAAGUUUGGCAUGUUCCAAGUGUCCGUCAACGAAGAGGCGCACCAGAUUAGCGUCACCUUCCUCGGCGACAUGAACGGCGCCGACCCGGACAACACCGUUCCGCGGACCGCCAUGCGGCAGCUCGAAAUCGUGUCCAGCGGCCUAGCGGCGGGCGGCGCCGCGCAGUCCGCGCUCGGCGAGGUCUUUCGCGCCAACGUCGCGGCGCUCAACAUGAUGCUCGCCGCCAGCGAGAGCGUGGGCCUGGACCGCGCCGCCGAGGAAGCCGCCCUCCGCAUCGACGGCGAAGACGACAUCCGCCUGCGCGGCGUCGAGAACGCGCUGACGGCCAUGCUGGACGCCAUCUUGUCGGGCUACGGCGCCGCCCAGGUCAUGGUCGGCAAGGUGUCGGAGCUGUCGACGGCGGAGCUGACGCGGCGCACGUUUGUGCUCGGCAAGCUGGGCUACGUCGUCGCCGCCUGCGUCCUCAACGGGCUCAUCGUCCUCGCUGUUGCGGUGGAGGCCGUUGCGACGAGGAACUGGAGGGGUCUGCCUGCCCUCGACUUUACGGACCCGGCUUGGCUCGCUCUCCUCGAGCCGUUCUACAACGGCAAGAGCCUCACCGAUCCCAUCUCUACCAAGGAGGACAAGUUUCAGCUGCUCCCCGCCUUCCUCAAGGUCAAGGGUUUGGUCAAGCAGCAUAUUGAUUCGUACAACUUCUUUGUCGAGCAGGGGAUUAAGGAUAUUGUGCGCGCCAACUCGAGGAUCAAGAGCGAUGUGGAAAGCAGGUUUCUUCUAGAGUACUGUCGUCUCCGCGACAUGACCUACGCCGCGCCCAUGGUUGUCGACAUUGCCUACAUCCGCGACAAGACCCGCGUCAUCAAGAAGGAUGUGCCGCUCGGCCGCAUGCCCAUCAUGCUCAAGAGCUCCAAGUGCCGCCUCGCCGGCGCCAACAACGCCCAGAUGGAGGCCAUGAACGAGUGCCCCCUCGACCCCGGCGGCUACUUCAUCAUCGGCGGCACCGAAAAGGUCAUCCUGAUUCAGGAGCAGCUGAGCAAGAACCGAGUCAUUGUCGAAGUCGACGACAAGAACCACGUGAUCCAGGCCUCCGUCACCAGUUCGACCCACGAGCGAAAGUCCAAGACCUAUGUCCGCCUUAAGAAGGACCGCAUUUACCUCACCCACAACGUCCUGGUAGAGGAUGUCCCCAUCAUCAUCGUGCUCAAGGCCCUUAGCGGCUUGCCCGAUGCGGACAUCGUGAACCUCGUCGCCGGCUCCAACUCCAAGUUGCAGGACGACUUCCUCGUUAACUUUGAGGAGGCUGCCAAGGCAGGCAUCAUCAGCCAGCAGGAUGCCCUCGAAUACAUUGGCACCAAGGUCAAGAUGGGCUCCAGGAGGGGUCAGUUUGGAGGGCAGCCCCGGAGAAACCACGCCGAGGAAGCCCUGGACGUGCUCGCCAACCUGGUGGUCGCCCACGUGCCCAUCGACGGCCUCGAGUCCAACACAAAGGCCAUCUACCUGGCCCUGAUGGCCCGCCGCGUGCUUCUCGCCGCCCGGGACCCGAAACUUGUGGAUGACAGGGAUUUCUUCACGAGCGAGGUCAAGCUCAACAUUGAUAAGUUCCUCAAGAAGAACAACCAGGCCGUGGCGUUGGACCCGGCGAAUAUGAUUCGCAACCACGCCAACACCAUUGGACAGGGCCUCAACAGGGCCAUUCAGACGGGCAACUGGACGGUGAAGCGUUUCAACAUGAACAGGGUCGGCGUAACCCACGUGCUCAGCCGUCUUAGUUACAUCGCCGCCCUCGGCAUGAUGACUCGUAUCAGCAGUCAGUUUGAGAAGACGAGAAAAGUCAGUGGUCCUCGUGCGUUGCAGCCCUCCCAAUGGGGUAUGCUUUGUACUUCGGACACGCCCGAAGGUGAAGCCUGCGGUCUCGUCAAGAACCUCGCCCUCAUGACGCACAUCACGACCAACGACGACGAGGAGCCCGUGAUCGAGGGCAUCUUCAUGGACGACGACGUCGACUCCCUCAAGACCAUCGGCGGCCAGGACCUUCACGACAAGACCCACGUCAUUCACCUUAACGGUACGCCCAUCGCCACCACCAAGACUCCCAACACCGUCACCGCGCGGCUGCGGCGGCUGCGGCGCAAGGGCGCCCUCUCCCCGUUCGUGAGCAUCCACACAAACUCCCACUACAACGCCGUCCACAUCGCCACGGACGAAGGGCGCAUCUGCCGGCCCUUCAUCAUCGUCAGCAAGAAGCAGCAGCGGCUGAAGCCCGAGCACCUCCGCCUGCUGCAGCUCGGCAAGGUCGCCUUUGACGACUUCCUCAAGAACGGCGUGGUUGAGUACCUCGACGUCAACGAGCUCAACGACUCGCUCGUGGCCAUUGAAGAAUCGGACAUCACCAAGGCGCACACGCACAUCGAGAUCGAGCCCUUCACCAUCCUCGGCGCCGUCGCCGGCCUCAUCCCCUUCCCUCACCACAACCAGUCUCCCCGAAACACGUAUCAGUGCGCUAUGGGCAAACAAGCGAUUGGCGCCAUUGCGUAUAACCAGUUCAACAGGAUCGACACCCUACUAUACACCCUCGUCUACCCCCAGCGGCCCAUGGUAAUCAGCAAGACGAUAGAGUUGAUUCAUUACGAUAAGCUGCCGGCCGGGCAGAACGCCACCGUCGUCGUCAUGUCCUACUCGGGCUACGAUAUCGAGGACGCUCUUGUCCUGAACAAGGCCUCGUGCGACCGCGGAUUCGGCCGCUGCCAGGUCUUUCGCAAGUACACGACGGAGUUGCAAAAGUACCCCAACGGCCGCCGCGAACAGUUAGGGCGGCCACCCUCGGAUGGCGGGGCCGCCUCCGGGCGCGAGGGCAAGUACAACGCUCUCGACGAGGACGGCCUCGCCACCGUCGGGUACCGCAUCAGCGCCGGCGAGACCAUGAUCAUGAAGCGGACGCCCAUCGACCUGGCCACGACGGGCAUCGGUCUCGAUCGGGGCCCGAGCGAGUUCCGCGACUCGUCCAUCAACUACAAAAUCCCGGACCCGGCCUACAUUGACAAGGUUAUGCUGUCGCAUACGGAAAAGGAGACGACGGUGAUCAAAGUCCAGACCCGGCAGACCAGGCGGCCCGAGCUCGGGGACAAGUUCUCGUCCCGCCACGGGCAAAAGGGUGUGGUUGGCAUCAUCGUCGAUCAAGUAGACCUGCCCUUCUCGGACGAGGGGCUCGUGCCCGACAUCAUCAUGAACCCCCACGGUUUCCCCUCGCGUAUGACGGUCGGUAAACUGCUCGAGUGCCUCACGGGCAAGGCGUCGAUGAGCCAGGUCCUCAUCGACCACGGCUUCUCGUGGGAGGGUAAAGACUACUUCACCUCGGGUAUCACGGGCGAGCCCCUCGAGGCCUACGUCUUCAACGGGCCCAUCUACUACCAGCGCCUCAAGCACAUGGUCCAGGACAAGAUGCACUCGCGCGCCCGCGGGCCCCGCGCCAUCCUCACCCGCCAGCCCACCGAAGGUCGUUCCCGCGACGGAGGGCUCCGUCUCGGCGAGAUGGAGCGCGACUGCCUCAUCGCCUACGGCGCCUCGCAGCUCCUCCUCGAGCGUCUGAUGAUCUCGUCAGACGCCGUCGACAUCGAUAUCUGCGAGCAGUGCGGUCUCUUUGGCUACAAGAGCUACUGCCACACGUGCAAGAGCACCUCCAACGUCACGCAGAUGACGAUGCCCUACGCCGCCAAGUUGCUGGUGCAGGAGCUCAUCAGUAUGAAUGUCGGUGUGAGGCUUAAGCUCGAGGAUGAGUUCCCGCAUCCUGUAAAAUAA